AUGAGUCUGAGUGGACGCACCAGCAUCAUCUCGACCACGACUACGGCUAUCCCCACGACUACGGCUGGCUCCACAACCAAGGCUGACACCACGACCACUGAAAUUUCCACUGCAGUUGUAACCGAUGCCGCCGGUCCAACUGAGAUUCCGGUACCUUUCGACAGUAUCUCACUCACUCCACUCAAUAUGACGGCCGAUUGCGCGGAAUUCCUCACAUAUGUCCUUUCGGAUCCCAAUUUCCAGGGCUGCAUACCGCUCUCCGGUCUCCUACGGGAUUCUCUCGGUUUCUUCGACAUCAUGUCAAAGGGCGCUUUCGCCACAACCGCACUCAUGGACCGAGUCUGCAACGUGGAUCUCAAUGCAUGUACCGCGGUGAUGGAAACCUAUGGUGGCCAACUGCGCAAAGAGAGCUUUUGCAAAGACGAUUUCAACAAGGGAAACCCGGUGGUUGUGAACGUCUUCACCGCACUGGUAGCGUACAGACCACUGUAUUCAGCGGGCUGCCUGAAGGCUAAGGAUGGGGACUACUGUUUUGUGGAUGCUGUCACGAACACGUCGAGUCCCGAGGAUCUGUUUAUCUACUCGCUGCCGCUUGGGACCAGAUUACCCGGUGGUGCCCGGCCAACAUGCUCCGAGUGUCUAGCCGAAACGAUGAAGAUCUUUGGUGCAUCGGCGGGAAACACAACCCAGCCGGUCAGCCAGACGUAUAUUCCGGCAUCGGAACAGUUGAAUAUGGCUUGCGGUCCGGGCUUCGCGAACACCUCGGUGAUCACGGUGGACUCUGCGGCAUCAUCACGUUCUCCCCGAGACCAUGUCGCCGGAGUCGCUGUGGCAGCAACAGCAGCGGCGGCGGCUUUGCUCUUUCUGUGA